AUGGACAUGGAACGGGAAAAAUCGCCCAUCGCCGAAGGAGUGGUCCGCUCGGCACAAACCAUGCGUCGCGCCCCUGAACCCCCAUAUAUUCAUAUUCCCACUCUCCUAGGACGGUCCAGCAACCCAACUCUGUCCAUCGACCCUUUCUCGGAUUUAAACAAUUCCUCUGGUGCAGGUGAUUACACAGAGGAGGAGCUCCGGGGGCUGUUUAGUCACCUCGACACCGAGCGAGCUAUCGAUCCGUCUCUCCAUUGGCAGUACGCCCACCGCCGGCUGGCUCAGCCCAUCCUUGAUUUUAUUUACCUCGGUCCCGCCAGCAGCGUCAAAGAUCAUGACUUUCUUCGAGAGAAGGGGAUAACGCUCAUUUUUGGCGUCGCGGACGCUCGGUACAAGGGGAUUCUUCGAAGCAUCCAGCGCGCCGCUGAAGAAGUAGGGAUAGCGGCUGACAGUGUUGACGUUCCACACAUGCAGAGCAUGAUCGGACUAUUCGGGCAAGCUGCCCAAAAAAUCAAUGCUCACCUCAUCGCUGCCGCGCGCUCUGAUCCCACCGGUCAAAGGAAAGGCAAGGUCUUGGUGGUGUGUGAGACGGGAAACGACCGCUCUGCCGUUUUUGUGACGGCAUACCUGAUGAGUAUGUUUGGACUUAAUCUUGUCCAGGCGGUUCACUUUGUCGUGCUGCAGCGGUUUUGCGUGUCACUUACAGACGAUGACAAGACGGUACUGCAGACGUAUCAGGAUAUCCUACAGGCGAAAAGGGAUGUGACGAGGAGUCGGGGUCAGCCACAGGAUGGUAGCCAGGGGCAGGAAAAUGUCAGGAGCAUGAUCAAGAGGAGGUUGUCCAGGGCGACAUCCUCCGUUCAGCCACAGCAGGGGCAAGGAUCAACAGAGGAUGUGUUCAUGGAGGUUGAUGGAGAUUAUAGUGACGAUUUGGAAAGAUUCAGAGGUGGGGAUGAGGCCGGGCAGAGGAGGGAUUUUGCGCCGUUUGUGUCACGGGAGGUGUAG